AUGUGGACGGGAAUAGGGAAGCUAUUGCUCUUACAUAUAUUACUUGUGGAGCUUCGCUGUACAAAAGGAACUAAAACAGAUUGUGAAACUGGACAGUUUCAGUGCAGUAACGGAAGAUGCAUACCGACCCCGUGGAGAUGUGACGACGAUGAUGAUUGUUCUGAUAACAGUGAUGAAGAAAACUGUCCGAAGAAGACAUGUGCAACCACAGACUUUGCCUGUAAGAACGGACACUGUGUCUCGGCUCGUUGGAAAUGUGAUGGAGAACCAGAGUGUCCCGACGGCUCAGACGAGGCUGAAUCCACAUGCAGCCAGCAGACAUGUCCACCAGACAAGUUUGACUGUGGAGGACCCACAAACAAGUGUGUGUCGUUGUCAUGGCGAUGCGAUGGAGAGAGAGACUGUGAGAAUGGAGCAGAUGAGGAGCAGUGUGCUGCAGAUGCUAAGGCCUGUCCAAGUAAAGAGUUUCAGUGUGCUAACGGGAUGUGUGUGGCCCCAGCGUUUGUCUGUGAUGGUGACGAUGACUGUGGUGACAACAGCGAUGAACAGAAGUGCACAGUUUCCAUGGCGAGCACCUGCGGCCCUCGCGAGUUUCGCUGUGACAACGCUGAGUGUAUCCCAGCGCUGUGGAGCUGUGAUGGAGACCCAGACUGCCGGGAUAAGUCGGACGAAUCCCUGGAACGCUGCAGCAGGAGGACGGAAGCGCAGAAACCCCGCUGUGCUGCUGGAGAAUUCCUGUGUGGCAGUGGAGAGUGUGUCCACCUCAGCUGGAAAUGUGACGGAGACGCAGACUGCAAGGACAAGUCAGACGAAACCAACUGCCCUCUCCUGACGUGUAGGCCAGAUGAGUUUCAGUGUGGGGAUGGGUCCUGUAUCCACGGCACUAAACAGUGUAACCGAGUUCACGACUGCCCAGACUACAGCGACGAAGCAGGCUGCACCAACACAACAAAGUGCGAGGGCCCUCAGAAGUUCCAGUGUAAGAACGGACAGUGUAUCGACAGCAGUAAAGUGUGUGAUGCCGUGAAAGACUGCAAGGACUGGUCAGACGAACCAAUGAAGGAGUGCGGUGUGAAUGAGUGUGCCAACAACAACGGAGGCUGUUCUCACAUCUGCCGAGACAAGCGGAUUGGCUACGAGUGCGGCUGUCCGUCAGGCUACAGGCUGCUGGACAAGAAGACCUGUGGGGACAUAGACGAAUGUGAAAACCCAGACGUCUGCAGUCAGAUCUGUAUCAACUACAAAGGUGACUACAAAUGUGACUGUUAUGAAGGCUAUGAGAUGGAUCCUGUGAGCAAGGCCUGCAAAGCAGUGGGGAAGAGUCCGUAUCUGCUGUUCACGAACAGACAUGAGAUUCGGCGGAUUGACCUGGUGAAGAGAGAUUACACACAGGUGGUGCCCACGCUGAAGAACGCCGUGGCACUGGACGUGGACGUGACGACCAACAAAAUGUACUGGUGUGACCUGUUCCACCGCAAGAUCUACAGUGCAUACAUCAAUAAAGCCAGCGAUUCUUCGCACCAGGUAACCCUCAUCGACUCAGAACUACAUUCCCCAGAAGGCCUUGCAGUUGACUGGGUCCAUAAGAACAUCUAUUGGACAGACUCAGGACACAAGACCAUCAACGUUGCCACGGUCGACGGCAAGAAGAGGAGGGUGUUGAUUGACACGGAGCUGAGCGAACCACGCGCCAUCACUGUCGAUCCACGACAAGGAUUCAUGUACUGGUCAGACUGGGGAGCACAGGCCAAGAUUGAGAAAGCUGGGAUGAACGGAGUGGAUCGGCAGGUGCUGGUGUCGGAGAGAAUCGAAUGGCCCAAUGGGAUUACACUGGAUCUGCACAACAGGCGUCUGUACUGGGUGGACUCUAAACUCCAUCUCAUCUCCAGCGUGGACCUUAACGGAGACAACCGGAAGGUUCUACUCUCCUCUAUGGACCACCUGGGCCACCCGUUCGCUCUCACUGUGUUUGAGGAUCGGGUGUACUGGACUGACCUUGAGAAUGAGGCCAUUUACAGUGCCAACCGGCUGACUGGGCUUGACGUGGCAAUGUUGGCACAGCAUCUCAACAACCCGCUGGAUGUGGUAAUCUUCCAUGAGCUGCGCCAGCCCAAAGCUCCAGACAGCUGUAAUAUGGGGAGUUUACCGAACGGAGGGUGUGAGUAUUUAUGUCUUAGAGCGCCUCAGAUCACCGACCACUCACCCAAAUACACGUGUGCCUGUCCAGACGGAAUGGAGCUGGGUCCAGACAUGCGCCGCUGUGUCACAGUUAAGCCUAAGACAACAACCCAGCCAACCACCACCACAACUGCAGAGCCUUCCACUACAACUGUAACCACGACAACAACCACAACUACACCAACUCCUACAACCACCACCAGUACAUCAACCAGAGUCACAUCUCCCUCCACCACCUCCACUCGCCAGACUGUAGCCUUCACAACAACCACUCCGCCCUCUUCGCCAUCAAGCACAACGUCUCCAUGGCAACAGCCAGCCUCCACCCAGCGAUCAGCAGACAGUGGCGCCAGACUGGCAUCUGAGUCGGCCCCUGGCACCCAAAGCAGUAGUGUACACCGAGAGAAUACCAACCUCUCCCACCAAUCGGGGAGCGAUCACUACCUCCUGGGAAGCAAUAUCACAGUGGCUGUUUUGGGCAUUGUCAUACCCAUAGUUCCUAUCCUUGCUACAGUGGUCGUCGGGGUCAUGUGCACGGGCGGCUACCUGGUCUGGAGGAACUGGCGACGGAGAAACACCAAGAGCAUGAACUUCGACAACCCCGUCUACCGCAAGACGACCGAGGACGAUGACGACGAGAUCCACAUCGGCCGCACCGAACAGAUCGGGCACGUCUACCCUGCCCGCGUGGCGCUCAGUUCGGAAGACGACGGAUUGCCUUGAGGUGUUUUGUCUCUCUCCGCUCUCCCUCCAUCCCUCCUGUCCUCCGCUCCAUCCCCUCCAUGCAUCUCUCGGGGAGAUCAGGCCACAGAGACAGUAGGGUACACACACACACACACACUGUCU